UAGCUCAGUUUCCCUUUUGAUCUCCUCAUGUCCAUGUGGUUGUCCUGCUUAGUGGAUACAGGUUCAGUGGUGUCAACAGUUGUUUUCAAUAUUUUGAACCAUGGGGUCAGGAUCAUCUUCAAAGUUGUGCUUUGGUAAGUAUAAUUCUAGGUAAUUUAUGUUCUUGUGGUGAACGCUGGCACAGUGGAUGUGACGUUCACCCUACAACUAUGGUGGGUAAUUUAAAGGAGGUUCAUAUAGUCAGUUUGCCGGCGGGAGUCGUUGAAGAUAAGUCAGUAGUUUCCACAGUCCAGUCCCAUAGUGUGGAGGGGGUCCUUCCUUGUCCCAACAGAUUGAGUCCCUUGAUUUACCGGUUUUGUCCAGUUCAGAGCAGGGUCAGUUUAGAGUUUUGCUGCAGAAAUAUCAGGUAUGUUUUUGGGUCAUGAGGAUGAUCUUGGUCCCCGCUCCCCCUAGAAUUACAUAAGAUGUUUACUUACUUUCAUUUUCAGUUUCUGAAAAACUCUGUAUGUUCUUGUAACAGGUGUUUGCUCUUCUUUGCCCCUGCACAGGCCAGUUACAGUUUAUCAGCGAGUAAGAAUGUGCAUGAGCUGUGCUGGAAGCGUCAUCUUUCAUACUGGAUAUCUAUUUAUAUACAGUUCUUGUCAUGAACAGUAAGGGGCAGGAAUGUGCAAAAUCAAAUUUCUUCUUGUGAGCUAAAUCAGUUUCAGUUUCUAAUUAACAGUCAUCCAGAAAGUGAUAUUGAAAAUGUUGCAAUAUAAAAGCUUUGCAGCAGCUUCUUUCUGUUCAGUAAAGCAGCUGCAGCUAAAGGAUCUGAAUCUUCCUCCAGCAGACAUCACAAUCACCUCAGACAAACUUCAGACCUUGAAAAUAAAAACAGAAGGCAUCAGAAUGCUGUGUCGCAUCAGAAAUCUGUCCAUGUUCUCUGGCGGGCAAGACGAGCUCAAGAAAGAAGAACUGAUAAGGUCCACGCAGACCCUCCACCACUAUGUGCUCAAAUACUUCAACAUCACCAACAGACUGUUAGAGAUACUCAACACUCACCUGAAUCAAAGCCCUUCUCCUGCAGUCAAAGCAAAUGAAAGGGAAAGCAUUGAGGAAAACUUCGCCAGGGUAAGAGAUGUUAUGUACCAGAUCCUGGACGUUUCUGAGAAGGAGAACAAACAUGUCCAAAAGGAGAAACCUGAUCUUUAUAACCAGAUUACCUUCUCUGGAGUGUCUCUGAAGGACAAGGCUGAGCUGAUAAAGGAUCUGCAUCAGAAGACCAUGGGACUCUUGGGGAAUGUCUGCGGUCCUGUAGUCACUGUUCGACUGGCAAACAGUGUUCUGGGGAGUGUCAUGCCUCCAGUGAAACAGAACGAACCUCAGCCUGUGCUGUCGCUUGCUCUGGGAGAUCUAGUGCAGAGCAGCGCAAGAAUCACUGAGCUUCUGUGUGGAUCAGGAGAAAAGAGCCUGGAUGAAGCCGUACAGUUAGUGGAAGAAGCCCUGUCUGUUCUGAAGCCGCUAUGUGACUCCUACAAUGACAUUCUGAGUGAAGUGGAAGCCUAUGUCUCCAUCAUAUCUGAAAACAUGUAGAACAGAAUUAUGAAGACAGUUUUUCUCAGAAAGGAAGAUUGUGUUGAUUCUUUUCCACCCCAUUUUAACCUUGUAUUAUUUUAUAAAUUUAGUUUGUCUUAUAAUUAUACACCACUAUUAAUUCAGCAGAAAUUAAUUAGUAAAUAUAUUGCAGAUAUUAAGUAAAUAUCUGAUAUUAAAUGAUAUUUGAUGUUUGUAAUUAAAAUUUAGUUGAUGUAUCACAAGUUGUUCCUCAUCAUUAACAUUUCUACGAGUCAACGAGUCAAAACAUUCAGGAUUGAAUGUUACCUCACAACAGUUACUUGUUUAGUGGAAAAUAUAGAAGUAGUUUUCUGCAUAAUUCUGUAAAUGAUGGCAUGGAUGGAUAGUUGAAUGGACAAAAUGCCCAAGUUAAAGGUGCAAUAUGUAAGAAUUGUGCAGUAAAAUAUCCCA